ACUUUUUUAUGCUAGUAAAACACUAAACAUAAUAAUUAGUGGUCAUAAAAUGGAUUGUACUCCACUUAAUUUGGCCCAUUUUCACGAAAGACGAGCUAACAAGUUUCUGAAAUUUCAUAGAUAUAAUGAAGCUUAUAAAGCAAUUGAAACAUCCCUUCUUUAUUUACAUGAUGCUUACAAAAAUGUCAUAUAUCCUAAAUCUAUAGAGGUUUUAGAUACACAAAAAUGGGAAUAUGAGCGGAAAUUAAAACAAAUACAAAUGAGGAAACAACAACAUGACCGACUUAAGCUUAAGGAAAUUGUGCCGCCUGUUUCUGAAGGACUGGGUGUAUUACGACCAGAACCUAUUCAAACCGCGCAGUCUGUGGCUAAGUCAAUAGAUAAGACUGUUCAAGACUUUGAUGCAAAGUUUAACAAUGAAGUUAUAAAAAAACAAUGGAAAGAGAAUCAACAUUACAAAAUGUGCAUGGAGGAUAAAACUAAAAACAAUGUUAAUACAUCAAAUUCGAAAGGUCAAUCCAACCAAACAACUUGCUUUGAGGAUGAAACUGAUAUACCAUCAUUAGCGCCAUUAGAGCUACCUAUUUUUGAUACAGUUGAUUUUAAUUUAUUUACAAGUUCGAACACCUCACUAUCAAACAUAAUGAAUUUAGUUGAGAGUUUUCAAAAAUAAAAAAUUUUAUUUAGAUU